AUGACCUCUUCUUACCUCUCCUGGUUGCGGAUCCCCGUCUUCGCGACGUCAGGUCUCGCAGCUCUCGGUAGCAGCCUCCUCUAUUUUAAGCAGAAUGACAUUAUCUACCCUGCAAAUCUGCCCGCCGGUUCAAGGACGAACGUGGACUCCCCUGAAAAGUAUGGUAUUCAGGAUGCCGAUUCCAUCAUGUUCCCCACGCCCGACGGCGAGACACUCCACGCCUACCUCCUGCGCCCUUCCAAUCCGUCGCUGAGAAAAAAUAUCACCCUGGUGACCUUUCACGGCAAUGCUGGCAAUGUUGGCCAUCGCCUUCCCAUCGGCAAGGUCCUGUCCCAGAGUUUGGGCUGUCAUGUAUUCAUGGUCGAGUAUCGAGGUUACGGGUUGUCAACUGGCUCGCCGAGCGAAGAUGGACUCUCCAUUGAUGGACAGACAGCCCUCGACUUUGUGCGAAACCAUAACGAGCUGAGAAAGACCAAUAUUGUUCUGUACGGUCAAAGUCUGGGUGGUGCCCUUGCAAUCAAGCUCCUGCAGACGAACUAUCAAGUCGGCGACAUUUCUGCAGUUAUCUUGGAGAACACCUUCCUGUCCAUUCGCAAGUUGAUUCCGUCAGUCAUGCCAGCUGCAAAAUACCUUUCGUACCUCUGUCACCAGCGGUGGGAUUCAGAACAGAGCCUCGCCAAGGUGGAAGAUGCAGGGAUCCCGGUCCUGUUUCUCUCCGGUCUGCGGGAUGAGAUCGUACCGCCAUCCAUGAUGAAGGCCCUGUUCGAUCAGUGUCCUACCACCAAGGUGUGGAAAGAGUUCCCCAAUGGUGACCAUAAUUCGACCGUGGCAGAGCCAGGGUACUUCGAAUCGAUCUGGGGAUUCCUGGUUCGGGACGUUAUGAGAGGUGAGCGGGAAGGGAAGCUCAAGAGAGUGGAUGUCGAUGUCGACAGCGACCAACUGCGCAGCAAGCCUGUCGGCGAAUGA